CCUUGUGUUUUUAUUCUACAGCUGGAGCUGGUCUGAAGGAAUCAAAACAAAUUACUGAGAAUGCGAAUUUAAAGUGGAAUUUUGCGAGAAUUGUUGUCGGCUUUUGAAUUAUUUCCUAAAAAUGUUCAUUCGAAUGAGAUUUCCUGCUAGUCAAGCAGCUAAAUUUUUUGCAACCAACAAUAAGAGAGAGUACAAUGGCAUUCAAAUGCGUUUUGCCUGCGCCGGCUCACAGAGUGUCGAAAAGCAAUCACAGAAAAUGGAGCCAAAGAAGGAAAACAAAAUUCAAUUUGACCCACAGCCUCCUAAGUAUUUCAAAGGUCGAGUGAGGCCUUGGGAUACAAAAUCUACGAAUUUGUACCUCUGCCAUCGAACCCACAACUGUGGAGAGCUGAGAAAAGAGGACGUUGGCCAGAAAGUGACACUUUCCGGAUGGGUUCAGUUUCACCGAGUCAAGGCCCAAUUUAUGGUUUUGAGAGACGGCUAUGGCAGCACACAGCUCAUUUUUCCUGACAAGAAUAUUAGGCCAAAUUGGGAUAUUGAAAAUAUCUCGCUCGAAUCGGUUGUUAAAAUCAGUGGAACGGUUCUUAAUAGACCUGAUGGACAACAAAACUCGAACAUGUCAACAGGAGAUAUUGAGGUUGCAGUUGAAGAUUUUGAUGUGUUGAGCGUUGCCAAAAAGGAAUUGCCUAUCACAGUCAGAGAUCAAAUCAAGUUGACAGAACAUCUGAGAAUGACGUACAGAUACAUGGACUUGAGAUUUCCUGAAAUGCAAUCAAGACUGAGGUUCCGAUCUGAAAUGAUUUCGGAAAUGAGGAAAUUUCUCGGCGAAAAGUGUGGAUUUGUCGAGGUUGAAACGCCAACUUUAUUCAAAAGGACUCCUGGAGGAGCCCAAGAAUUUAUUGUGCCUUCGAGAAUGCCUGGAAAGUGCUACACUCUCGUCCAAAGCCCUCAGCAGUUUAAACAACUCUUGAUGGUUGGCGGAAUCGACAGAUAUUUCCAGGUGGCAAGGUGUUAUCGUGACGAAUCUGCACGACCAGAUAGACAGUUGGAAUUCACACAAUUGGACAUUGAGCUGUCCUUCACAAAUCAGCAAGGGGUCAUGGCAUUAGCUGAAGAUCUGAUUUCCCAUUGUUGGCGCACAACGGUUGAACCUGACCUUUCCGAAGACAGGUUUCCUGUUCUCAAAUACGAGGAUGUACUUAAUGAUUAUGGAACUGAUAAACCAGACACUAGAUUUGAUAUGAAGAUUCAAAACAUUUCCGACGCAUUAAUAUCUUUGUCGGACAUUUGCUCGUCGCCUUUGAGGUCUUCACUGAUUGAAGAGAGCAAUGUUAUUGGUGCAAUAAUUGUACCAAAAGGACAGGAGGUGUGGGCCAGUAACAGCUCAAUUAAAAAACUAUGCACUGAGCAAUUGCAGCAUUUCACAAAUCCACUCUGGCUUCGCGGCUUUCAAGUCCCAAACAACUCUAGUGAUCCUUGGCCCAGCUUGGGUGAAAACAAGCAAGUAGGCGAAGCGAUAAAAUCCAAACUUGGUCACCUUUGCAAUCCUGGAGAUGUUGUCUGGCUAGCUGGAGGCCCUCGUUUUGAAGCGCUGACGCUUUUGGGUCGUUUGAGAGUAAUUGCCGCUGACGAGCUUGAGAAAGCCACAGGUGUCGCAGUGCGAUGCCAAGGACCGAAAUUCUUGUGGAUUGUCGACUUUCCUCUUUUCGAACCGGGGGAGCAACCUGGGACUCUGAGCCCCACACACCACCCCUUCACUCAACCCCACCCUGAUGAUGCACACCUUAUGUUCACUGACCCGUUAAAGGUCAGGGGCCAACACUACGAUCUUGUUCUUGACGGAUGGGAAAUUGCUGGUGGCUCCGUGCGGAUCCAUAAUGCGGAGAUGCAGCGCCGAGUGUUGGGGGAUCUGCUCAAAAUAAAGCCAGACUCGCUCCACCACAUGCUGGAAGCUUUCGACAGUGGGUGUCCACCACACGCUGGAAUUGCAUUUGGGAUUGACAGACUGAUUGCCGUCGCCUGUGGUGCUCCAAGUAUCCGCGACGUAAUCGCUUUUCCGAAGGCCGCUGGUGGACGAGACCCGAUGUCUGGCGCCCCUGUUGACGUGACUAAAGAGGAUCAGAUCCUGUAUCACAUAAAUUGUCUACCCAAGGGUUCAAACAACUGUUGAAUAAAAACAGUUAUAAUGAUUUUUUACUUAAAA